UUUCAUUUUAAAUCCAGGCGGUUGAAAGAGCGAAACGGAAGAGCAGCAACACAGACACAAGAACUAAAUAAUCAUCAUGCAGAAUAAAGAGAACCGGGAGCCCAGAGCUCUGCAAACACAGGUGGCUGCUGUGGGUCCUCUCAGAGUCAGUGUGAAUCCAGACACACACGCUGUUUCAGGUCCUGGGAGAGUUCCUGUGAAAUCAAACACAAAGAAGCUGUCCAUCAGAGACUUCGACAUCGGCCGUCCGUUGGGGAAGGGCAAGUUCGGUAAUGUGUAUCUGGCGCGCGAGCGGAAGCUGAAGGUGAUCGUGGCUCUGAAGGUGCUCUUCAAGUCUCAGAUGGAGAAGGAAGGAGUGGAGCAUCAGCUGCGGAGAGAGAUCGAGAUCCAGUCUCACCUCAGGCAUCCCAACAUCCUGCGCUUCUACAACUACUUCCACGACGACACACGUGUGUUUCUGAUCCUGGAGUUCGCUCCGCGGGGAGAGAUGUACAAAGAGCUUCAGCGCUGCGGACGCUUCGACGACCAGCGCUCCGCCACCUACAUGGAGGAGCUGGCGGACGCUCUUCUGUACUGUCACGAGAAGAAGGUGAUCCACAGAGACAUUAAACCGGAGAACCUUCUGCUGGGAUACAGAGGAGAGCUCAAGAUCGCAGACUUCGGCUGGUCCGUCCACGCACCCUCUCUCAGACGGCGGACCAUGUGUGGGACUCUGGACUAUCUUCCUCCAGAGAUGAUCGAGGGUCACACUCACGAUGAGAAGGUGGAUCUGUGGUGCAUCGGUGUGUUGUGUUACGAGUGUCUGGUGGGGAACCCUCCGUUCGAGACGGCCAGCCACACAGAGACAUACAAGCGCAUCACUAAGGUGGAUCUUCAGUUCCCGAAGCUGGUGUCUGACGGUGCUCGUGAUCUGAUCUCCAAGCUGCUGCGUCACAGUCCAUCCAUGCGUCUGCCGCUCCGGAGCGUGAUGGAGCAUCCCUGGGUCAAAGCCAACUCACGGCGCGUCCUGCCGCCCGUCUGCAACACACACCACUGACACACACACUGCUCCAGGACCUGUUUGAGACACACCGCCCGGCCUCCACCGGUGAUGGUUGUGCUGUGAGCUGAAUGUUGCACCGUGUCAGAAACAUCGGAUCGAGGGCUCAGUUGUCCGUGUGUGUGUGUGUGUGUGUGUGUGUGAGGGCUGUAUUAAUUGGUCACAAACUUAUUUAAUUGACUGUUAAUGAGUCCAGAUGUAAACGAACUCUAAAGUUAGUCCCUUCUCUUUUACACAGUCUUGUGUGUCUGUAGUUCUGCUGUUCUGUUCAUAUUCAUGUUGUUUUAUAUUCUAUGAAUCUGUCUUCUACUGAACCUAUUAAAUAUAAACCAGUAUGUUUUAA